AUGGAUUCAGUGGAGCUACAGCGGCGCCUAACCCAGCAAGAGGAGCGUAUGGAGGAAAUCUGCCAUGUUCUCCGCCAGCCUAUCCCUACUCCUCUGAUGCCAGGAAGUGAAAGAGAAAGAGAGACUACUGGAGGAGAAGAACCAGAUAAACUAUUAGAAGAGAAAGAAAACCAACUGAAAGAGAAGCAACUAAAGGAUAGAGACAUUCAACUAGAGGCACUGAGAAAGAACCUGCAGGACAAGAACAGCCAAGUAGAGAACUUCAGAGUCCUACUGCAGGAAAAAGACCUUCAACUAGAGGCACUGAGAAAGAACCUGCAGGACAAGAACAGCCAAGUAGAGAACUUCAGAGUCCUACUGCAGGAAAAAGACCUUCAACUAGAGGACAGGAACCACAGACUGGGAGAGAAGGACAAACUACUGGAGGAAAAAUAUAAUGAAAUUAAAGAGAGGAGGCAGGAACUAGAAGAGAAAGAAGCAGUUAAAGGAAAGACACAAGUGGAGGAUGUCAACAACGAAAAUGCUGAACUGGCUCAACAGAUAUGUGAUGUGAAGACUGAGGUAGAGAGACUGAGAAGAGAGACCCCAGCACCGAUGACUGAACAUGGAGACACCUCAGAUACAGGUUCCAUACCUCCAGUCAGGAGGAGACACAGCAUAGAAGAUCCUCCACUCAUGGGAGGAGAGACCUCAGGUACAGACCACACACUUCCACUGAGGAGGAGAAACAGCAUGGAGUUAAUUCCUCCACUUAGAGAGUUAUGGAUGUAGCUUACAUUAUAUUUUA